GUAACGGGCUGAGCAAACGGCCAACGGUCACAGCUCUCUGCUUUUUAGCUUGUAAGGCUGCCUGCUGCUUUCUUCCUAUCUCUGUUCUUUCACCUCUCGAGUGAGUAGCCAUGAGCUGGGCUGUGGGAAUGCAGCGGGCCAGGCAGAGAGUGGGCGCUGUGAGACUGAAUUGCCUGUGCCCGGGAAUGGUGUUGAGUGCCUGCCACCCGCCAGGCAUCGCCCACAGGGGCACCUGGCCCAUCGCCCCCGCGUCCAAGAUGGCUACGGUCAAGUGUGAGCUUAUGAAGAAUUUCCCCUCAGAGGAGCCCGUUCGUUGCAAUAAGAUCUCCAUUGUAGGAGCUGGAUCGGUUGGCAUGGCCUGUGCUAUCAGCAUCCUGUUAAAAGGCCUGAGUGAUGAACUUGCCUUGGUGGAUGUUGAUGGAGGCAGACUGAAGGGUGAGACAGCGGAUCUUCAGCAUGGCAGCCAUUUUGUGAGAAUGCCCAAUAUUAUUUCCAGCGAAGAUUACCUUGUCACUGCAAACUCCAACCUCGUGAUUAUUACAGCAGGUGCACGCCAGGAAAAAGGAGAAACACGCCUUAAUUUAGUACAGCGAAAUUUCGCCAUCUUUAAGUUAAUAAUUUCCAGUAUUGUUCAGUACAGUCCUCGCUGCAAACUGAUUGUUGUUUCCAAUCCAGUGGAUAUCUUAACUUACGUAGCCUGGAAGUUGAGUGGAUUUCCCCAAAACCGUAUUAUUGGAAGUGGUUGUAAUCUGGACACUGCCCGUUUCCGUUUCUUCAUCGGGCAGAGGCUUGGUAUCCAUCCUGAAAGCUGUCAUGGGUGGAUCCUUGGAGAGCAUGGAGACUCAAGUGUUCCUGUGUGGAGUGGAGUGAACAUCGCUGGUGUCCCUCUGAAGGAUCUGAACGUAGAUAUAGGAACUGAUAAAGAUCCUGAGCAGUGGAAAAAUGUGCACAAAGAUGUGGUUGCUAGCGCCUAUGAGAUUAUUAAAACGAAAGGUUAUACUUCUUGGGCCAUUGGCCUGUCUGUAGCUGACUUAACAGAAAGUAUUGUGAAGAAUCUUAGGAGAGUGCAUCCGGUUUCCACCAGAAUUAAGGGUCUCUAUGGAAUAAAUGAAGAAGUAUUCCUCAGUGUUCCUUGUAUCCUGGGAGGGAGUGGUAUUACCAACCUUAUAAAAGUAAAGUUGGCCCCUGAAGAAGAGACCCAUCUGCAGAAGAGUGCAAAAACACUUUGGGAAAUUCAAAAGGAGCUUAAGUUUUAA